UUCUCACGGCAUAAUUCCAUUCAUCAUCUCUUCCGGAUCGCUCUCUCUUUCUCUCUACUGGUUCUGUUUACAGUUCCGCCAUGGGCUUUCCUGCAAGCUACACUGAGCUUCUUCUUCCAAAGCUCUUCAUCCACGUACUCUCCAUCCUCGGCUUCCUCAGGAAGCUUAUCUCCCUUCUCUUCCGCCUCCUAGGGCUUCAAGAUUUCCUCGAACCGGACAUUCCCUGGCCCAAUCAGUCCGAUUCCUUUACUACGGGACCGUUGACGGACCUUGAUCCUCUCUCCGCGGCAGUUCUCCGUGAGAUUCUCCCCGUCGUGAAGUUUUCCGAGCUUUUGGAUCCGCCGGAGAGCUGCGCCGUGUGCCUCUACGAGUUCGAGUCUGACGACGAGAUCCGCCACCUCGCUAACUGUCGCCACAUCUUCCACCGCGGAUGCCUCGAUCGGUGGAUCGGUUACGGACAGAGGACCUGUCCGUUGUGCCGGACGGUGUUCAUUCCGGGCGAUUUGCGGAGCGGUGUUUGUAAUUUUGACGAUAGGCUUUGGGAGGAUUCGGAAAUCUUUGAAGCACUCCACAGCGAUUCUUCUUCUUCGACUCUUCUCUCUGCUGGUUUGUAGCUUUUGGAGAUUAGAUUUUGGUUUGUUGAUUUUGCUGCUUUCUUCUCAUGAAUCCAUAUCUGAAAACAGAAAUAAAGAAGUGAGAAAAAGAGGGGAAAGAGAUGGAGAUGGAGAUGGAGAUGAAUUGAGUUUGAUGGAGGGGAUAUGUUUGUUGUUCUUCUGUACAUACAAAAAAAAAAAAAAAAAAAAGAGUUCCUAAAAGGAACUGAAAAAUGAAAUGAAAUGAAAUCAAUUACAGGUCUCAGAAUUAGAUCAUCA